AUCCCCGCUCGGCUGAGUGGUUACCAUUGGAGCACGUUUCCAAAUAUUUGGAGGCUAGAGUGCGAUGUCCUCUUUCCAAAGAGGCUCGCAAUAAGCUGAGGGCGGAAUGCCCCAGACCCGUCAUCCCUAACAGGGUAUGCGAGACUCCGGCGGUCGACCCCAAAAUGACGCAGUUCCUCGCCAAAUCCGGUUGGAAUCCGCGUAGGGGUCUGGACUCGGCGCUAAGAUCCUGCCAGGAUAAACUCCUGGACAUAUUUGGCCCGCUAGCUAAGCUAUUUGACCUGGCGGAGGUAGCUAAAGCCGAGAAUAAGCAAGUUGAUCCGCUAGAGUUACGCAAAUGGGUACAAAGGGCCAUUUGCAUAGCGGGGAACGUGAAUACGUCCUUAGCUAUAGAGAGGCGAAAGGCCAUCCUCUUCAAAAUUGAGCCAAAAUUGUCAAACAUAGCUCUUACGGAGGCUGGAAAGGAGGCCCAGGGCCUUUUAUUUGGAGAACCUUUCAUUAAGGAUCUAGGGAGGUUUGUGGGGGCUUUCACGGCCCUAGACAAGGCCCAGACCUCUAUGAAGAGAGUUUUUCACGGUAGGGUCUCUACCAGGGCCGGCAGCUUCAGGGGCCGCCUGUCCGGCCGUGCCCAUUUUCAGUCCCGUGGUUCGGGCCGAGGCUCCUUCUCCCAGAGGUCUUCCUUCCAGGAGCACAGACGAGAACAGUCAUCGUUCUUCCCUUCUCGAGGAAGCUCCUGGCGUCCAAGAGGAUAUCGAGGAAAUCCGUCUUCUAGACGUCCCUACGGUUGAGAUCGGCCUAUUCUGUGGUAUUCUUUGGUCUAUGUGCUGGUUCGGAGGGUCGGCAGUUUGGUUCCAGCCGAUCAUGUGAUGUGGACAACUUCAGGAGAUUCUUCAGCGUUGUUCCUGUUGUUCCAGUUCGCUUCCGGAUGGAUGGCGCUUUGUUCCCAGGCUGUUCCGGUUCCUGGUUGACGGUUCAGUUGGACUUUUUCGGUUUGGACUUACAAAGAAAGAGGAGGUUCUGCAGGCGGG